AUGCCUUCUUUUGAUCCUCUUAUCUUUACAAGACUUCACACCUACUCUAAAGGUGUUUUCCAGAAUCAAGAAAUCAAUAGUCGCGGAGCGCUGCCUCUCUUAUACGAAGGGGAUGGUUCAGGAACAAAAUAUAACACGGCCCAUGGGUUUUCAUUUUCAACAGGAGAUCAUCAAGUAGAAGAUGUACCAUCAAAAUACUUCCAUAGUUUAGAGACCUUGUUUCUCGACACCACACCACCGUUUCCUUCGUAUGAACAUAUGAUGCAGGAGCUUGCAGAUAUCGAAUCUCAAUAUUCCGAGCUUAUUAAACCGCAAAUACAGAGUCAUGAAGAAGCAGUUGAACAUGAAACAAGUGGCCCAAAGAUGUCAACCAAUGAGAUUAUUCGGUUAGGUGGAGAAAGGUUCAUACAAUCGUAUUCAACUUCGACGAACAACAUUUUGAUAAUGAACCACCCUUACGGUAGUUCAUUCUCGGGCCUUUCUGAUGAAGAAGUCAAAGAUGUUCAACUCAUUGUAAAUCUUUUACUUUCUGCAGAGAAAGUCACUCAACAACAGUUUGAACGAUCGAUCAAGCUUCUUGAUUGGUGCGACACAUUGUCUUGUAGCUCGGGAAACCCGGUUCAAAGAGUAGUUCAUUAUUUUUCAAAAGCUUUACGAGAGAAGAUCAAUAAAGAAACCGGGAGAGUUUCGACAUGUGGGUCAGGAAAGGAACAUGUAGAAAAUCUUGCGGGGAGACUGAUGAGACCGAAUCCGGCUUCUGUCUUUAUUUAUGAUAAAUUACCUUUAUUCCAAGCGGGUCUUUUUUCUGGAGUGCAGGCUUUGGUGGAUGGCGUAUCCGGGUCGAAAAAUGUGCAUGUUAUUGAUCUUACUCUAAAACAAGGUGUACAAUGUACGAUUUUAAUGCAAGCUCUCGUAUCGCAACCCCAUUGUCCUGUCGAGCAUCUCAAAAUAACCGCUGUCGGGACUGAUUUUAAACAGGAAACCGAGCAAACAGGUGAGUGGCUGAAGAGUUUCGCUGAAUCUAUAAACUUAUCUUUCUCUUUUAAUUUGGUUAUAGUAGAAGAUAUGCUAGAUUUCGAUAAAGAUCUUCUUGAACUGGAUCCAGAUGAAGCUGUGGGUGUUUAUUCAUCGUAUGGUUUAUCGAGCAUGAUCGCACAACAGGACCGUUUAGAAUCUUUAAUGAAAGUUAUAAAAAGUGUUGACCCUCGUGUUAUGGUGAUGCACGAAGUUGCAGCGAAUCUUAACUCACCAAACUUUGUGAAUCGUUUUAUCGAAGGUUUGUUUUACUUCGGGGCAUUGUUUGAUUCUUUAGAAAAUUAUUUGGGUCGUGAAGAUUACAGCCGCAGUUUCACUGAAUCUAUGUAUUUUGGUAAAGGAAUAAUGAACAUCGUGGCAUCAGAAGGCGCGGAAAGAGUGGUAAGGCAUGUAAAUAUUAAUGUUUGGAGAAUGUUUUUUGCAAGGUUUGGGAUGAAAGAGGUUGAGCCUAGUAUGUCUUCUUUAUUUCAAGCAAAUUUGGUUGUGGAAAAGUUUCUAUGUGAAAGUUCUUGCACGUUUGAGAGGGAUGGUGAUUCUCUCGUCAUUUGCUGGAAAGGAAUACCGGUCCAGAGUGUUUCCGUUUGGAAAUUCUAA